AAGAGAAAUCCAAAAAGAAAGCAGAGUGAGCUCUAGUAAAUUCAAGACAGUUGUUAGUGCUUUGGGUGAGGUGUGUUAAUCAAAAUCUCAAGCAAUUUAUUCCAACACGAAGAAUCUUACCUUCCCAUGUUUUUCCAAUGUCCUUGGAGCAAGGAAGUAUGGUCCAAAGUUGCUGCAGAUUUCUCUUCUGCUUCCAUUAGAUACGAGCAUUUCAUAGAUGACUUCUUAGACCUAUUUUUGGCCCUCAAGCAUGAAGAGCAGGAACUGUUGGCGGUUGCUUUAUGGAGCAUUUGGAAUAAUAGAAACCAAUGUGUUUUUAACCACUUGUGUCUCAGUCCAGAUAAAGCAACUAGAAUGAUCAAAGUGGGACUUACAGAGUUCAAAGAGGCUACCGAGUCCGAGCAGAGAAAGGCGAAAGGAUCUCUACAACAGCUGACUAAUAACUCCACCUGGCAGCUGCCACCUACAGGAAUCAUAAAGAUCAAUAAUGAUGCAGUUAUUCCAAAUGGUGGUGGUAUUGCUGGUUUGGGAGUUGUUAUUAGAGACAGCAAUGGUGACGUGCGCGGCUCAGGUCAGCGGGCAGUACUCUUCAAUGGCACAGCCCUCCAUGGAGAAAUCCUAGCUCUAAAUUUCGGUCCACAACUGGGUAAGGAGUUUGGAUACUGGAAUGGAGUCGUAGAUUCUGACUAUCUGCAAGCCAUUAAUUUUGGCCAAAUCCCUUGAGGAAUGUUAUCUAUAUUUUGGAGCUCUGCUUGAAGACCUAAAAGCUUCCACCGCUAAAUUUAAUACCUGC